CCGUAUCAGCCAUGAGCAGCAAACCCCAACCCCCUCUGAUGAAGAAGCACAGCCAGACAGAUCUGGUGAGCCGGCUGAAGACCAGGAAGAUCCUGGGCGUCGGAGGAGAGGAUGAUGAUGGAGAGAUACACAGGUCAAAGAUCAGUCAGAUGCUCGGAAAUCAGAUGAGGUUUGGCGUACGAGAGCCAAUAGGCCUCAGGAUAUGGAUUCUCAUGUCUGCUGUUCUGUUCACAACCAUAGCCUUAAUAGCUCUAGUGUUCCCCAGUCAGCUCUAUGAGUUUGUGUUUGAGCUCAGGACCACCAGGAUCUCCAUCAGACUCUAUGGAGGAGCACUACUCAGUGUUUCAUUGAUCAUGUGGAAUGGUCUGUACACAGCAGAGAAGGCCAUUAUCCAGUGGACCCUGCUAACCGAGGCCUGUCUCCUGUCUGUCCAGUUCCUGGUGACCAGCAUCACCCUGGUGGAGCUGGGUCUGAUGUCAAACUCUGCCAUCCUCCUCCUCCUCAGUGAAGUCAUCUUCCUCAUCAUCACACUCCUCUACUACUACCACCUGGGUCGCAGGACCAAGAAGACCCAGAACCAUACACAUAGCUCUGAUUAGACCCAGAAGACCCAGAACCAUAGAUCUAGCAGCUCUGAUUGGACCCAGAACCAUAGAUCUAGCAGCUCUGAUUAGACCCACAACCAUAGAUAUAGCAGCCCUGAUUAGACCCAGAACCAUAGAUAUAGCAGCUCUGAUUAGACCCAGAACCAUAAAUAUAGCAGCUCUGAUUAGACCCAGAACCAUAGAUAUAGCAGCUCUGAUUAGACCCAGAACCAUAGAUAUAGCAGCUCUGAUUAGACCCAGAAGACCCAGAACCAUAGAUAUAGCAGCUCUGAUUAGACCCAGAA